AGGCUGGAGGAUCCGCGGCAGCCGGACCCGGGCUCGGGAGCUGGGCCUAGGUCGGGCUCCUGGCAGCUGUGUCUGUGUGUGUGUCUUCGAGAAGUAAGGCCCAUUUGGAACGAUGCCCCCACCAUCAGACAUCGUCAAAGUAGCCAUUGAGUGGCCAGGUGCUAAUGCCCAGCUCCUUGAAAUUGACCAGAAACGACCCCUGGCAUCCAUCAUCAAGGAAGUUUGUGAUGGGUGGUCAUUGCCAAACCCAGAGUACUACACCCUCCGUUAUGCAGAUGGUCCCCAGCUCUACAUCACUGAACAGACUCGCAGCGACAUUAAGAAUGGGACAAUCUUACAACUGGCUAUCUCCCCGUCCCGGGCCGCACGCCAGCUGAUGGAGAGGACCCAGUCUUCCAACAUGGAGACCCGUCUGGAUGCCAUGAAAGAGCUGGCCAAGCUCUCCGCUGACGUGACUUUCGCUACUGAGUUUAUCAACAUGGAUGGCAUCAUUGUGCUGACAAGGCUCGUGGAAAGUGGAACCAAGCUCCUAUCCCACUACAGUGAGAUGCUGGCAUUCACCCUGACUGCCUUCUUAGAGCUCAUGGACCAUGGCAUUGUCUCCUGGGACAUGGUUUCAAUCACCUUCAUUAAACAGAUUGCAGGGUAUGUGAGCCAGCCCAUGGUGGACGUGUCCAUCCUUCAGAGGUCCCUGGCCAUCCUGGAGAGCAUGGUCUUGAACAGCCAAAGUCUUUACCAGAAGAUAGCAGAGGAAAUCACCGUGGGACAGCUCAUCUCACACCUCCAGGUCUCCAACCAAGAGAUUCAGACCUACGCCAUUGCACUGAUUAAUGCACUUUUUCUGAAGGCUCCUGAGGAUAAGCGACAGGAUAUGGCCAAUGCAUUUGCACAGAAGCACCUUCGGUCCAUAAUCCUGAAUCAUGUGAUCCGAGGGAACCGCCCAAUCAAAACUGAGAUGGCCCAUCAGCUGUAUGUCCUUCAAGUACUGACCUUUAACCUUCUGGAAGAAAGGAUGAUGACCAAGAUGGACCCCAAUGACCAAGCUCAAAGAGACAUUAUAUUUGAACUGAGGAGGAUUGCAUUUGAUGCUGAGUCUGAUCCUAACAAUGUCCCCGGGAGUGGGACUGAAAAGCGCAAAGCCAUGUACACCAAGGACUACAAAAUGCUGGGAUUUACCAACCAUAUCAACCCGGCCAUGGACUUUACCCAGACUCCUCCUGGAAUGCUGGCCUUAGACAACAUGCUCUAUUUGGCUAAAGUCCACCAGGACACCUACAUCCGGAUUGUCUUGGAGAACAGCAGCCGAGAAGACAAGCACGAAUGCCCCUUUGGCCGCAGUGCCAUUGAGCUCACCAAAAUGCUCUGUGAAAUCCUACAGGUUGGGGAACUACCAAAUGAGGGGCGCAAUGAUUACCACCCAAUGUUCUUCACCCAUGACCGCGCAUUUGAAGAGCUCUUUGGAAUCUGCAUCCAGCUGUUGAACAAGACCUGGAAGGAGAUGAGGGCAACAGCCGAGGACUUCAACAAGGUUAUGCAAGUAGUCCGAGAGCAAAUCACUCGAGCUUUGCCCUCCAAACCCAACUCUUUGGAUCAGUUCAAGAGCAAACUGCGUAGCCUGAGCUAUUCUGAGAUUCUGCGACUGCGCCAGUCUGAGAGGAUGAGUCAGGAUGACUUCCAGUCUCCGCCAAUUGUGGAGCUGAGGGAGAAGAUCCAGCCUGAGAUCCUUGAGCUGAUUAAGCAGCAACGCCUAAACCGGCUCUGUGAGGGCAGUAGCUUUCGAAAAAUCGGGAAUCGCCGUAGGCAAGAACGGUUCUGGUACUGCCGUCUGGCACUGAACCACAAGGUCCUGCACUAUGGUGACUUGGAUGACAACCCUCAAGGAGAGGUGACAUUUGAAUCCCUGCAAGAGAAAAUUCCUGUUGCAGACAUUAAGGCCAUCGUCACUGGGAAAGAUUGUCCUCACAUGAAAGAGAAAAGUGCUCUAAAGCAGAACAAGGAGGUGUUGGAAUUGGCCUUCUCCAUCCUAUAUGACCCCGAUGAGACCUUAAACUUCAUUGCACCUAAUAAGUAUGAGUACUGCAUCUGGAUUGAUGGCCUCAGUGCCCUUCUGGGGAAGGACAUGUCCAGUGAGCUGACCAAGAGUGACCUGGAUACCCUCCUGAGCAUGGAGAUGAAGCUGCGGCUCCUAGACCUGGAGAACAUCCAAAUUCCCGAAGCCCCGCCGCCAGUCCCCAAGGAACCCAGCAGCUAUGACUUUGUCUAUCACUACAGCUGAGCCUGGAGCCAGAGACGAUGGUACCCAGGAAGGGAUUUGGGGCCCAGGAGAAUCAUUCACAGUCUGGUGCCUUGUCCUUUGCUUGUACAGAUUCUGUAGUGAUCGUGGUGGCCAGUAAAUGCCAGCCAUUUCUCAAACCCACCUCGGACCACCCAGAGCUUCCUCUUCGUCCCUGUCCACUAAGAGUCAUGAAGGCAGGGUGCUCUGCCCUCCCUAUCAUUAAGCCUGGGACUGGGCCAUGAAGAAUGAGCAGCAGAUGCUCUUGCCUUCCAGACCAAGAAACUACUUGAACUGGAUUGAACAACAGCCACUUACCUUUUCCUAUUGAGCCUGCUCUCUGGUCGGCUGGACCCUCAUAUGUACAAGAGCUGGCCCAGGAAAGACCACCUGCAGAGGACAGAUGUGCUGGGCAUGUUGAGAACCUUGGAGUAACUGCCUUUGGGUGACCCGUGCCGGUGUCUCAGAUCUAAGUACAGGCUUUGGGCCUUUGCUUAGUAGAAGCCUUGGGCCUUUGCUUUUGUCUUCAUGAGGGUUCAUUCCAUCCUCAUCUGGUGUCAAGAUGCUGCUGCUUCUGAGGUUUGGCUCUUACAUGUCUGGUCUCUAGAACCACCUGAUAUCUCUUGCCCAUGCAAGUAUCAGGGCAGAUGGAAAUUUCUCCUUACAAACUCUGUUUCAUCCUGGCAAGUUAAAGACCUCAGGUUAAGUCCUGCCCUCUUAGUUUCCAGAAACACUGCAGGUAAAGCCCGGCUGAGGCCUGGGCCUGGAUUGUGGUGAGGUCACUAGAUUCCACCUCCUUCUCCCCAUUUUCAUAUCUUUUCCUUUCUCAGGGAGAAAUCUCCCACCUAAUCUGAAUUGCAGCCCCCUCCCUUUUCCUUUCCUUUGGCCUUCCAGACCCUGGGAAGUUUGUCUUCCCUUCCUCUCCUUCCUAGCGCUGUGGUUUUUUACCAUUGGCCAUGAUUUCAGGGAGCUGGCUGAGGCCAGCUGAGGCCACAGCUGCGCCAAUGGGGCUUCCCUGGUGCUGCAGGACUGUAAACCACACGCACAGCCUCUCUCCUUGACACAGUGGCAUUCAGUAUUGGUAGCUUGGCAUGGUAGGUACUAUCCAAUGAAGAGUGUAAUAUAUAUUUUCUUUACUAUAGGCCAUACUUAUACAGACAUGUAUAUAUAUUUAUAUAAGAUCAACCUAUCCUAGGAUGGAAUGUUUAGGGGAACAUAGAAUUGAGGGGGAAAAAGUAACACUUCCAGUUGUGAGCCAAGAUUGUAACCAGAGAGCAGCCAGGAGCUUCCUGUCAAUAACCAUGUUUUCAAUAAAUACUCUUUCAUUUACAAA